UAUGAGCUACUCAAAGGAAUCUUUCUGAAUGUUAUACCAGAGUGUCAUACAGUCUGGAAUAUAGAAGACAUUCAGCCAUGUUUAUAGAAGGAAUAAAGGUGGGAAGAUGGAUAGGAAAGAAAGACAGGUGACUGUUUUGUGAAUUAUAAUAGAAGUUUUUCAAGUAGCCAGGCCAUCGCCACCAAUUUAGAUGAUACAAAGUGGAUUUUAUAAGAUUUAGCUUUAAAGUAACUAUUUCAUAAAUUAUUAGGAAAAUCAGUCACACUGUUUAGAGGCAAGACUGAUGUGGGUACAAAAGAUUACUAAUGUUCUAACAUAAUAGAAGGAUUCUAGGAUAAAAGGUACUUUGCUGUAGCACUAAAAUUGGGUUUGUGAUUUUGGGGCAUUUUCUGCACUUCUUUGUGCCUCAGUUUUCUAUUUUGAAAAGUGGAAAUUACUGUGUCACCUGAUAAGCUUGCUGUAAGAACGAGAUUACCAUGUUUGUAAAACACUUAGCACAAUUGCUGACACAAAGCAGAGGAGGAAAUAAAAGUUAGCUAUGAUGAUCAUUAUCUGUGUAUGUCAUCAGUUUCCUAAUUUGAAAAAUGGGAAUAACUAUAGCACCUGAUAGAUUUACUUUAAGAAUGAAAUCACACAUUUGUAAAACACUUAACACAAUUUCUGGCAUGUAGUGAGAGAAGGAAGUAAAUGUUAGCUAUCAUUAUUAUUACUUGUGUGUGUCAUCAGUGGGUAAAGAAUUGGGAAUCAAAGCAAUUAGUUUAUUGGCCUUUUGUUUGACAAUUUUUUCAAUUUUUUUUAAACCAGGAUAAUUUGAGAGGCAACUUCCUUAUUUAAUUUCCUUAAUGUCAGCCCUAUAUAAGUACUCUCUUACCUACAAGUUCUCAUUCUUUUCCUCUUAGAGUUUCUCCAGUUUUCCAAACCUGUUUCUUCUCCCUUUUUUUCUUUUUAGUAAAUUGUUUGAUCCUUUUUUUCAAUGGACAACUCAGCAUUUGAAAUACAUGAAGAUGGAGCACAGAAUACUUUGUCUGUGGGAAAGAUGAGCACCAUAUCCAGAAUGGAAAAGAAGAAGCAGUGGUCCUUGGUGAACGUUUUCCUCAUGUGUCUCUUGGCCUGCUUCAUCACUACAGCAAUAGGAGUACUGAUUGUCUCCUUGGUUUACCUUAACUCCCAGCCUCGUUUAAAUGUUCAGAUCAAACCUGCCUGGCCUCCACAAACAACAGCAGUUCCCAAAGUACAAAAGGCUGUUCAACCCAAAUUCCAGCUUCUUAACCACUUACCUAAGUCAAAGGGCACAGCAUGGAUAGAAGGAUUGAUGAUGGUGGUGAAGUAGCUACCACAUACAAUAUCACAGCUGGCCAAGUAAUCUUCUUCCCCCAAAAUACACUGCACUGGAUAAAGAAUGUGGGUAAUGAAGACUGCUUUUUCUUGCUCUUCUUUUCUACAUAUGAUGAACUUCAGACUCUGGAUGUUGAUGAUGUAUUUUUCUCUAUACCUGAAGACAUUGCUUCCAGGUCUCUUAAGCCUGCAGGUGGAAUUAAUUUUAUUAGAAAAUUUCAUAAGCAAACAGAAGACCAAGGGGCUAAUCUUCCUAACAACUUGGCAGAGCUGGUUAUGAAUGCUAGUUAUCUACAAUCUCCAGAUAGCCUUGUGUGGAGAUACUUUUUUGACCUUAAAGGAUCGAAAGAAUAUCAGUUUCCAGGAGGAGUAAUACAAAAGGCACAUUAUUGGAAGAAUGGAAGUGAACUAAGCAACAAUGAAAAAAUUUUCAGUGAAUUCCUGAAUGAGCAUGAAAAUGCUCUCAGUUUGAGUACACUCAGAAUUUAUAACAAUGGAUUACGACAACCACAUUUUCAUUUUAAUGCAAAUGAAAUGGGAUAUGUAUUAAGUGGCUGUGGAAAGGUGGGUAUUAUUAAUACUCAGGGUAUUAUAGAAUUUAACAUCCACAUUGGAGAUGUGAUAUUUUUCCCCAUUGGAACCCAGCAUUACAUUAAGAACACAUGUGAUGAGGAUUUGCUUUUCAUUCUUGCCUUCAGCACUGGAGACAAGCUGCAAACCCUUGACAUGGAUGAUUACGUCCAGGCCACUGCAGACCACAUCUUGGCCCAACUUUUCUUCAGAAAACAAAGUGAGUUUAAGAAGAUCCCCAAAUUCAAGGAGGACCAAGCAAUCAACCUGCCUUAGAGUUACUGAUGAGUUCAUACCUAUUCUACUGUAUUAGUUGUUGUUAAAGAAGGAGCACUUGGCUAAUGAAUUGGAUGGGGGCUCUUUAUAACGUGGGAUGGGACAUUUGGGCCCCGUGGGCCUAUUUAGCUAACAGUAAUUAUAGGCAAUUCAUGCUAAGAGAACAUUUCAGAUUACAAUGUACUGGGGAUUAAACUAAUAUAUUUUUGUAUGGACUUGAGUAUAUGUAUAUAAAUAUAUAUUUGUUUAUUUUCAUUUUCUAACUUCAAAUUUAUCAC